AGUCAAUAAAUUCGCCGAGCUUUUUGAAAUCGUCAAAAGUUAGGCUAUGUUGUUCACGUGUUGACGAGUCCAAGUUUUUUUUAGUUUAAGUUAAUCAAAAAUGAGUUCUAGCGAAUCUGAACUUAGUGAUAGUGAUGUUGAGUUACAAGAAGCUUUCGCCGAAGGGCGGCUCAAACCGGGCUUAAAUAAAGUCGAAGCGGCCCCCAAACAAUUCGUAAAUAAUGUCGGGGGCCUCCGGCAAAAGCUGGCCGAAUUCAAGUCAAGCCUCCCCUGGAUCGAGAACCUGGACUUAGUCAACAAGCAGGCGCCCUUGGCCCCGGAACUGGCGGCGCAACUGCUCAUCCACGAGGAAAAACGCGAGAACCAGUUGAAAAACAACAAAAAACUGCCCCAGGUUGACCCAAGUGCGGACCCCGUUUUGAACGACUUCAAGCGCGAGACGAUGUUCCACCGGCAGGCGCAAGCCGCCGUCAUGGAGGCCCUCCCGCGCCUCAAGGCCAUGGGGCUCAAGACCAUACGCCCCGAUGAUUAUUUCGCCGAAAUGGCCAAGACCGACGAACACAUGCAGAAAAUCCGCGCGCAUUUGAUGCAGAAACAAGUGGCCAAGCAGAGGAGCGAGCGCGUGAAACAGCUGAGGGCGCAGCGAAAGGAGGGCAAGAUGUUGCAAGUUCAGGCCAAACUUGAGCGCCAAAAGGAGAAGAAGGCGAUGCUGGACCAAGUGAAGAAGGUGAGGAAGGGGCAGAGCAAGGAUUUGGGAUUCCUGGAUGGGAAGAACAAGUCGAAGAAAGCGAUCGAGAAAAGGAAGAUUAGGGACAAAAAGUUCGGGUUUGGGGGCAAGAAAAGGGGGAGCAAGUUGAACACGAAGGACAGCGCGGCCGAUAUCAGCGAGUACAGGAGGCCCAAGAAGCCGGUCCCCGGGAAAAAGGGCAAGGGGGCGAGUAAAAGGCCCGGGAAGAACAGGAGGAUCAAGAACAGGGCAAAGGGAAAGCGAUAAAUAAAUUUAUUUGACGCCUAUUUUUUAUGUAUUGAUGUAAUUAUUAGAAAUAAAUGAUUAUUACUA